AUGGGAUAGUCGACGAGUUCAUGAAGUUUGGGGGGAAGGGGAUGAUCCAGCUGAUGGUACUGCUGUACAAUUGGGUGUGGAAAAACGAGUAUACGCCAAGUAGAUGGAGGGAAGGAGUGGCUGUGAACUUGUUUAAGAAAGGAGACAAGACUGACCCAGGAAACUACAGGGGGAUCACACUGUUGAACACAGUAGGAAAAGUGUUCUGUAAGCUGCUGAACGAUAGGAUAGUGGGAGUAUUGGAGAAGGAACAUAGCAUUAGUGAGGGCCAGGCAGGUUUCCGCAAGAAGAGGGGGUGCGUAGACCACGUGUUCACGGUAGGGAGAAUCAUCCAAGGUAGAAAGAGGGCGGGAAAGCCGACGUACUGCUUCUUCCUGGACGUAAGAAAGGCAUACAAUACCGUAUGGAGAAAUGGGUUGUGGAAACAACUGUCCAAAUACGGGAUCAAGGGGAAAAUGUGGAGAGUGCUGAAGAAGAUGACAGAGUGUACGAAAAGCGCGGUCAUGCUAGACGGAGAACUGUCAAAAUUCUUCGACAUUGAGCAGGGGGUCCCACAAGGUUGCACGCUGUCCCCAACAUUGUUCCAGGUGUUCAUCAACGAUCUGUUGGAAGUCGUAGAGGCAGUCCGGAAGGGAGUAAAAGUAGGGGACACGGAAACGUCGGUUUCAGGAAUGCUGUUUGCGGAUGAUUUUGUCAGUGUGUCGGACACCCCUGAGGAACUGCAAAUGCAAAUUGACGCGGCGAAGAAGUUUACUGAUAAGUGGAGAUUGUCUGCCAACGUUAAGAAGAGUGCCGUCAUGGUAUGCAACGAGAACAAGGAGGAACCAGUAGAACAUAGAUGGAAGUGGGGGAUCGAGGAGAUUGCAGUAGUGGACCAGUACACAUACCUCGGAGUAGAGAUCGCAAAAGACUGCUCGUGGAAUGCACACAUGUCCAAGGUAGCGGAAAAGGGCAAAGCACGAGCAGGGAAGCUGCACCCAAUACUCGCAAACCGGCCCCUGGAUACACGCAUCAAUUUGAAGGUAUUGAAGAGCGUAAUCAUACCGCCGCUAGAGUACGCCAGAGAAGUAUGGGAAGGAAAUAAGAAGGUAGUGAAAGAACUCGAGGCGGCGCAGAUGAAAGCAGCGAAAACCAUCCUAGGAUGCUCCAGGCGCACAAGUAAUGCAGCCGUGAGGGCAGAAUUGGGGAUCCAAUCCCUACGGUCGGGAAGAGACGCGAGGAAGCUGACCUGGCAGUAUCGCAUGUGCGGGAUGGGAGAGGAGAGGUUGCCGAGAAUUGUAUGGGAGGCGAAGUGGGCAAACAAAAAGAGGGGUAGACAACCCACGGAAUGGGUCAAGGUUGUAGAGGACGUAUGGAAGGGGCUCGACAUCGACGAAGAUGAAACACUGGGAACGGAGGGUCUAAAGG